AUGACUCCCAUCCAUAAUCCAUCUCCCAAAUCAUUCAUCAUGUUUGUUCCUUCUUCAUCAGCUCCUGAUCAUAAAUUCGAUGUAUUUUUAAGUUUUAGAGGUUUCGACACUCGUCUUAAUUUCACUGAUCACCUUCGUAAGGCGCUCACCGGUGCUAAAAUCACUGCCUUUUACGAUGAUCACGAGAUUGAAACCGGAGAAGAUCUGAAACCGGAAUUGGAGAAUGCAAUCAAAGCAUCAAGGGCUUCUAUUACCGUCUUGUCUAAGAAUUAUGCCUCUUCCACAUGGUGUCUUGAUGAACUGGUAUUGAUCCUCGAACAACCCUCCGACCAUAUUAUUGUCCCCAUCUUCUAUCACGUCGAGCCCACCGACGUCAAGAAGCAACAAAGCAGUUUUGGAGAUGCAAUGACAAAGCAUAGACAGAGGAUGGAGGCUGAGACAAAUGCAGAGAAAAAAAGUCAGUUGGGUCAAAAACUGGAUCUAUGGAGUGCAGCACUUACAAGAAUUGGGAAUUUGAAAGGACACAAUGCAAAGGGCCGGCUAGAGACGGAGUUGCUUGAAGAAAUUGUGUCCAACAUCCAUCGUAGAUUAGGUGUUCCCUUAAGUAUUGCUCCCCCAGUCCUUAUCGGCAUGAAAAGUUACAUUAAGUUCAUUAGUUUAUGGUUGAAAAAUGGAUCUUCUGAUACUGUUGACAUCCUCACAAUUUUAGGCAUGGGUGGAAUUGGGAAGACAUCUUUAGCCAAAAAUGUCUAUGGGUUACAUUGUCGUAUGUUCCAGAGAAGCAGCUUUAUUGAAGAUAUUGGUAAGAGUGACCAACGCACCAUCUUGCUUGAUUUACGAAAAAGACUUGGGGGUGAAAAUACAAGAGCAACUUCAAUUCAAGUUCAAUAUGAUUUUGUAAACGUCUCUAGGAUUGAGAAUGUAAUAGCCCAAAAGAAGGUGUUUCUGGUUCUUGAUGGUAUUGACAGAGUUGAUCAGUUGGAUAUGUUGAUUGGAAACACACGUUUUCAUCCGGGAAGUAAAAUCAUAAUAACGACUAAUGAUGCAUCUUUAACGCCUAAGUGUGCAUUAUUCAAAGAGGAACCUAAACCCAAGCAUGUACAGCUCUUGCUCAGAGGCUUAGAUAAGAUUGAAUCGCUAGAGCUUCUAAGUUCUCAGGCAUUCAUGUGCAAAAAUCCCAAGGAAGGUUAUGAAGAGGUGUCGAAUAAACUUGUGGAGUAUUGUGAAGGGCUUCCAUUGGCUCUUAAAGUUUUGGGCAAGUCUUUAUGUAACCGAACUGUAGCUCAAUGGGAGGAUUUCAUACAAGUGCUGCAGAAUGAAAUUAGUUCUCAUAUAAAAGAUAACUUGCAAAGGAGCUUUGACACACUGCCAUUUAACAAUGAUAAGGAACUAUUUAAGCAUAUUGCUUGCUUUUUUGUUGGAAAAGAUAGAGAAUCAACUGAAACAAUACUAAAGGCAUGUAAGAUUCCUACAGUAGCCGGGAUCAAGAAUCUCAUUGAUAGAUGUCUUCUCAGGAUUGAAGGGGAUAACAAGUUGAUGAUGCAUCAAUUGCUUCAAAAAAUGGGAAGAGAUGUAGUACGUCAUGAAUCACUUAAGAAGCCAUGGAAACGUAGUCUCUUAUGGUGUAAUGAAGAAUCAUUCAAAGUUUUGAAAUAUAAAAAGGGUAAGGGAAAUCUUCUAGGCCUUGCGCUUGAUGUGAGAAUGCUUGAGAAAAAGUUACAUUCAUCAAGUGAGUUGCAUACAGAAGCAUUGAGGAAGAUGGAUAAUCUAAUGCUUCUACAACUCGAUUAUGUGCAACUCAAUGGGUCCUAUAAAAACUUUCCAGAAGAAUUACGAUGGUUGUGUAUGCAUAGGUUUCCAUUACAGUCUAUACCUUUAGACUUACCCAUGGAGAAUUUGGUUGCUCUUGACAUGUCUUAUAGCAAUUUUGAAUCUUUUGGCAUGUCUUUUAGUAACCCGCAUCAACUUGAGAAUAGGCCAAGGUUAACUGAGUCAUGCUCAAAAGGUGGUAAACAAUUGCUCGGAUCAUUGAAGAUUCUUGAUCUAAGUUUCUGUGAACAACUUCGUACUCUGGGUGGCUUUCUUGAAUUCCCUGCCCUUGAGAGAUUAAUACUUGUAAAAUGCAAAGAAUUGACUGAGGUUUGUGGAACAAUUGAGAACUGUGUUAAACUUGUUCUUAUUGAUUUGAGUUACUGCAAUAUGCUUAAAAAGCUUCCAAGGGCUGUGGUUAAGUUAAAGAAGGUCGAAACACUAUUACUAGAUGGUUGCAAUCUCGGAGAAUUUCCAAUCGAUAUGAAUUUACCAGAAAUGGUCAUACCUAGAGAUUUCAGGUCCUUUGUGGUUUCUUUAUCGAGUUCAUUAGCUUGCUUGUCACUUAAAAACAAUAAUUUGUGCAAUGAAUCCUUUCCAAUGGAUUUUAGUAGCCUAUCCAUGUUGAAGGAGUUAUAUUUAGAUGGCAAUUCAAUCAUGUCCCUGCCCAACUGUGUGAGAAGCCUCCCAAGGCUUGAGAAACUUAGCAUGGAAAAGUGUCUUAUGCUGAAGACAUUCGAGCAAUAUCCUCCAUGUACACUAAAAGAAUUGAAAUUUGAUAGAUGUCAUUCAUUACAGAAAAUUGUAUUUGAUAAAGAGAUGUCCCCACUCACGUUUAGUAUGAAUCCAUGCUGUACAUCAGAUUCACGUGAUGUGAUUGAAGGAAUGUUGAAAGUCGACGCUAUGAAGCUUGUUCCGAAAGAGGUAGUAUGUGGUUUGGGCUGGACUAAUUUAGAGUCCGUAAACGAACAACAGAUGGUUUAUGAAUUUGGGAUCUUCAGCACAAUUUAUGGGGGGGAGGAGCUUCCAAAUUGGAUUAGUGAUCACAUAAGCGAGGAGUCAUCAAUAUCGUUUAACAUCCCAUCAUCUUCUCACAAGCUUAGAGGAUUGAAUUUCUGCUAUGUGUUUAUGGCUCGACUUCCCUAUUACCUUUAUCUGCCAAGAAUCAUAAUUAGUAAUAAAACGAAGAACCACACGUGGAUAUACCACCGUUAUAGUUACCAUGUUAUGCCCCAUGCAGAGUGUGAAAUACUUUUGAGCCAUUGGAUGUUUGGGAAGAAUGAGAUGGAAGAUGGUGACCAAAUCAUGAUUACCAUAUCAAAGGGGGAUGUAAAUGGUAUAAGGAAGUGUGGUGUGAGUCUCGUCUAUGAUGAUGAUCAGGUAAAAAUGGAAGAAGAAGAUCCGUUGAGUGAUUACAAGUUGUGGAAUCAUAUUAUUGGUGGCAAUCUCUCUCCUUUUCAAACUACUCCAGGAGAAUACAUCCUAGACGUCAGACGCUUUUUCUGUGGAACUGGUUUUCAGGAUGUUAACAUUAUGAAGGGGAAUCAAAGAACGUUCAACGCUCACUUCCUUGCUGGUCUCCUUCAAAGCACAACAUAUUCCCCAUUUGUUCGAUUCCAAAAUUACCAAAAGAACUUUGCUGGGAAAUCGUAACAGUUUCUUCUCCAUGAUUUCUUGUUACUAAAUUUUAGAAACAAACCAUGAGUUACAAGUGUUGGAACUAGGAAGGAUUGUAUCAGCUAGCAGGUAUGAACUUGUUGCAUUUGUUGCAGAUAGUCAAUGUAAAUGGAUUAGUGGAUUUGCAGG